GUCAUGAUGAUACCGGAACUAGGAAGAAGACCGAUGCUUAGAGGUAACCAAGAUUCAUCUUUUGGGGAUGAUUACGAGAUUGACAUAUUGCUCGGAGAGCAGCAGAGACGGCAAGAGGAAGCUGAUGAGCUCGAGAGAGAGCUUAACUUGUACAGAAGCGGCUCUGCUCCGCCGACUGUGGACGGUUCUUUUAGUGCUGCAGGAGGGCUUUUCAGCGGCGGAGGUGGGGCCCCUUUUCUGGAGUUUGGUGGAGUGAAUAAGGGAAAUGGGUUUGGCAGUGACGACGAGGAGUAUAGGAAAGAUCCAGAGUACUUGUCUUAUUACUAUGCUAACAUGAAGUUGAAUCCGAGGUUGCCUCCACCUUUGAUGUCUAGGGAGGAUCUGAGGGUUGCUCAGAGGGUUAAAGGGAGUAGCACCGUGUUAGGUGGUAUUGGGGAUAGGAGAAAAGUGAAUGAUAACAGGUCUUUGUUCUCUAUGCCGCCUGGUUUUGAUCAGAUGAAGCAGCAGCAAGAGUUUGAGGCUGUUAAAGCUAAUGCUUCCUCUUCUGAUUGGGAUGCUAAUGGAUUGAUUGGUUUGCCUGGUUUGGAUCUUGGAGGCAGGCAGAAGAGUUUUGCUGAUAUCUUUCAGGCUGACAUGGGACAUCCCGUCGCACAGCAGCCUACACGUCCUGCAAGUCGUAAUACCUUUGAUGAGAAUGUUGACUCCACAAAUAAUCAAUCUCCAUCUGCAUCACAAGGCAUUGGUGCCUCACCACCAUACAGCUAUGCAGCGGUUCUCGGUUCUUCAUUGUCUAGAAAUGGAACUCCGGAUCCACAGGCCAUUGCUAGGGUGCCUAGUCCCUGCCUUACUCCAAUGAGUUCAAAUGAUAAGAGGAACACAAGUAACCAAAGCCCGUUCAACGGUGUUUCAUCUGGUCUCAACGAGUCAUCUGAUCUCGCAGCUGCUUUAUCUGGCAUGAACCUGUCAGCCAGUGGUCAAGCUGAACAGGAUGUCGAAAAGAUCAGGACUUAUAUGUUUGGAAUGCAUAACGAAGCCAACCAACACAAAUCUGAUCCUUACCAGCAUAAAGCAAAUGGUUCUUGGAUGAAUUCACAAUCAAGAGGGCCACAAGUAUCUGCUUAUAACGGUGUAGGUGGAUUACCUGGUCCAUACCAGCAUCUUGAUAGGCAAAACUAUGGUCUGAACAACCACGCAUUAAAUCCAGCUGUAGCUUCUAUGAUGGCUAGCCAACUUGGGACUAGUAACUUUCCUCCAAUGUAUGAAGAUGUUUCCACUUUGGGAUAUUCUGGAAUGGACUCCAGGCUUCAUGGAAGAGGUCAAAACUUCCCUGAAUCACUUAACCUUGGCAGAGUCAGUAAUAGAAUGAUGGGACAAGGUGCUCGUCUUCAGUCACAUAUUGCAGACCCAAUGUAUCAUCAGUAUACUGAUUCGAUUGCUCUUCUUAAUGAUCCUGCAAUGGACAGGAGCUUCAUGGGUAAUUCAUACAUGACUAUGCUUGAACUCCAGAGGGCUUAUCUCGGAGCUCAGAAAUCACAGUAUGGCGUCCCUUACAAAUCUGUUAGCCCUAACAGCCAUAGCUAUUACGGAAGUCCAACAUUUGGGUCCAACAUGUCAUAUCCUGGCAGUCCAUUGGCUCAUCAUGUUAUGCAAAACUCUCUCUUGGCACCUCUUAGCCCUAUGAGACGAGGUGGUGAAGUUAAUAUGCGAUAUCCAUCUGCAACAAGAAACUAUUCGGGAAGUGCUAGUUUGGAUGAAAGCUUUGGAUCUUCAUUGCUGGAAGAGUUCAAAAGCAACAAAACAAGAGGUUUCGAGCUUUCUGAAAUAGCUGGCCAUGUUGUAGAGUUCAGUGCGGAUCAAUAUGGGAGCCGGUUUAUUCAGCAGAAACUCGAGACAGCAACAACUGAUGAGAAAAACAUGGUUUAUGAGGAGAUCAUGCCUGAAGCUCUUGUCCUGAUGACUGACGUUUUUGGAAACUAUGUAAUUCAGAAGUUCUUUGAGCAUGGACUCCCCUCACAGAGGAGAGAGUUGGCACAGAAGCUCUUUGACAACGUUUUGGCUCUUAGCUUACAGAUGUAUGGUUGUCGUGUGAUCCAGAAGGCAAUUGAGGUGGUUGAUCUAGACCAGAAAAUCAAGAUGGUGAAAGAACUUGAUGGUAAUGUGAUGCGAUGUGUACGCGAUCAGAAUGGGAACCAUGUGGUUCAGAAGUGCAUCGAAUGUGUGCCUGAAGAAAACAUUGGAUUCAUUAUUUCGACUUUCUUCGGUCAAGUUGUGACUCUCUCCACUCACCCAUAUGGCUGCCGCGUUAUUCAGAGGGUACUGGAACACUGCCAUGAACCGGAUACACAGAGUAAGGUUAUGGAGGAAAUCUUGUCCACUGUUAGUAUGCUGGCCCAAGAUCAGUAUGGAAACUAUGUUAUUCAGCAUGUGCUUGAGCAUGGAAAGCCUGAUGAGCGUACUGUGAUAAUCAAAGAGCUUGCCGGGAAGAUUGUUCAGAUGAGCCAGCAGAAGUUUGCCUCAAACGUCGUUGAGAAGUGUUUGACUUUUGGAGGUCCAGAGGAACGUGAAUUGCUGGUGAAUGAGAUGCUGGGCACAACUGAUGAAAACGAGCCUCUUCAGGCGAUGAUGAAGGAUCAGUUUGCAAACUAUGUAGUGCAAAAAGUUCUGGAGACGUGCGAUGACCAACAGCGUGAGCUGAUACUUACCCGUAUCAAAGUGCAUCUCAAUGCGUUAAAGAAAUACACGUAUGGGAAGCAUAUCGUUGCCCGUGUUGAAAAACUCGUUGCUGCUGGAGGUAUAGAGGAGAAUGGGUAUGCAGUCACUAAACCCGCCUCAGGUGGCGUAAGAGUUGUACAGCUUAACUAG